GUUUCGGUACAGCUUUGCCUGCAGUCCUCAUAUAAUUAUAUAGUACCUGCAGACAAUUGCUACACCAUGCAGCGCAGUGGGGUGCCUGCUAAACUUGAUCAAUUUAAUUCCAGAGUGAGGAGACAAGUGGAGUAUGUGCAUCGAGUGAGACGCAGCACAGAAGAGCAGGCUAGGAGUCUGGCAUGCAGUGUGGAUGAUGUCAACAUUCCCUUUGAUGCUGGGAUCACGUAUAAGAACAAAGUCGUCAGCAUCGUGGACAUGGCAACAAUGAAUGUGAUUAGGAGGCUGCCAGCUCCAAUUAACAAACUGACAAUAUUGGAUAACAGUGGCUCUCAACAAGAGUUUUAUCGAGAGGCCCCCCUAACCAAUGGUUCUGUCACAGUCUUUCCUGGCCCAGGCCCUUUAACUCGAGCUGAAGUGUUCGUCUUCUUCACCAGCGUCACGACCAUCCCUAAUCUGGGCAACAUUUCACCACAGCUGGUUAUCCCCAGUGGUCAGGAUGCUGAGGUCACCGCUAAUCUCCUGGCAGGUCUGUCAUGUGGGUCAGGCAUUGGACGGAAAAAUUGAGUGUAAUUACACUGACAAUGAGAUUCUCCUUGCACUUGUUAGCCGGCAUAUUGUCAACCCAGUGCUGGAAAAACGGUGAUCGAUGUGGUACUCAAUUGUACUAACAGGGAACAACCAGAAAGAUUUGAACAAUUGCAAAUUGUUGCAACCACACCACUUGACUUUCAGUUUAGUCAGGAGGUGAUCUCUAGAGCAGAAGAGGAUAGAACAAUUCGCAUCUGUGUGGAGAUAGUUACUGACAUCUUUCCGCCCAGAAAUGUGGAAAUAAGAGUGUUCACACAAGAUGGAAGUGCCACUGAGCCAGGUGACUACACUGCUGUCAAUGCCAAAGUCACGUUUGUUAGUGGAACCGUUCGUGACGGACCAGGAUCUGAGAUGUGCAUAGACAUUAAUAUUGUAUCUGAUGAUUUGGUAGAGUUUGCUGAAGUGUUCCUGGUGACAGCACAAUCCCUCAAUCCUAAUGUCAACGUCAUCAAUAAUGUCACCGUUAUUAUUGUAAAUAGUGGUGAGCCAGUAUUCAGGUUUACACAAGACGUGGUGACAGCUUGUGAGAGUGAGGGUGUUGCCAUGGUAUUUGGCAUUGAGCUUGUGUCUGGGACACUUGCUAUCCCUAUUGACAUCACCAUUGAAAUGGACAAUGUAUCCAACACAUUGACCUUUCCUUCUGAGUCUGUCCCCAACAGUAACUCUUCACUCAAUUUAACCAACACCUUCAAUGGCACUAAUCGGGUUCUUUUCGCCACGGCAACGGUGACACCUCUGGGCUCAUUUCAAUUCAAUAUGAACUCCGCCACUGUAGCCCUGUUCACUAAUGACAGUGAGCCAGUGCUCUACUGCACUUCAUUUGUACAAGGCGCCUCAUCUAUUGAUGGAACCACACAAGUUGAUUUACAGAAUGGUCCCUUCAGGUUUCUGGAACAAAAUUAUACUUCUAUCUUUGUAAGUCUUCCCUGUUGUGUUUUCAGUAUACACAUGCAUUUUAUUAGGUCAACAACACCAAUGGUGAUGUAUUGCUUCGUUUACAAAUUUUUCUCCGGAAGUGCUCCCACUUGAAUCUGAAGAUCCCCCGUUAUUAGCCCCUUUCUGGUCAGAUACCAAUUCACGUGCUGGUGGGUUAGUACUUUAUGCAGAGACUCAAGGCUCCAUGCUCCUCACACAAGCUGCCAAUGAAGUGAGCACUGCCUUUCCUAACCAGCCUACCUUCACUCCUACGUCCCUGUUCAUUGCUACUUGGCUUCAAAUCCCUCUCUUUAGUGCUGGUGCUGAGAUGAGUCGAUAUAACACUUGAAUAUACAAUACUGGUUCAUGCAUGUAACCACUUUCCAUAUCGUCAUGGCAACAGAUGGUCAACGUUCAUUUGUCAUUUUCCUCUACGAUGACAUACAAGGGACAAACGGUGGUGAUGCACUGGCUGGAAUCAACGGUGGUGAUGGUGUCCGCUCUGUGACUGUACCUGGCUCCUUAUCAGAAGCUAUCAUGAACA